AUGGUUGGACCCACGUAUUCUCCAUCUGCUGUUAGUUUACCCGAGGUGGCGGCUUCUCAUCAUUCAUCUGAAGCUAACAUGGUUGGUCGAGUCAGUCGUAGUCCUGAGGCUCAUUCGCCACCUAUUGUGCAUCGCCCAAAUUUCUCAACUACCUCUUCUAUUAGACCCACCUUUUUCUCAACGUCUUUGACCUCAGCUAUGCCCUCGACCUCGACUGGUGCUAAAACUAUUAUCAACAAUACCGUGUCACAAAGUUCCAUCCCCAUAACCACCUCUUCUCUUUCCACCACAUCGAUUUCAUUAUCGCCAUCCUCUCUGCUAUCUAAGCCGAAUCUGACUUCCGAUAAUCUGUGUUCAAAUUCAGAAGUUGAUCUGAGGCGGGCCUCAUCUUCGUGUAUUAACUACUUAUCGGAAACAGGUUCAUCAAGGCUUUGGCCUGGUGAGCCAGUGGCCGACCCGAAAGUUGAGGAAGCCACGGUGACCGACACUUGCCAUGCUGGUGUGAGGCGAUUCAGUCUUACUUGUGGGAGCCUGACCCCGAUGGGGCUCGAGCCGUCCGGGCUCUCUUCUCCGUUUGUAGACUCACCGUUUAUCUCUCCUGAGCCUCUGCAGGGCACUUUAAGCAAAAGGAGGAAGUGGCCGAUGAAGGGCUGGCACAAGAAAGGGGUUCAAUACACUGGAGAAGCUUCUCCUGUCCACUAG